AAGCCUCAUGUAAAAUGUGCGUGGAUUGCAGCUAGUAAGGCCUGCUGGAAGGAGGGUGGCUGCAGCACUGCACAAGUGCUGUCAGUGCUCUCAGGUGAUGCCUGGAUGCAAAAAACCUUAAAUGCCUUCUGUCUCUUUCCACUUACAGUCCUCAGGGCAUGGGAGGUUCUUCUGCUGUGUGAAAGACGGCCUUUUAGUCAGCCAGGAAUUUGUCUUGAUACUUAUCGCUUUGGUCUUCAUUUGGGCCAAUUCUCUUUGCUCUCCUCUCUCUUCCUGGUAUUGGCUAUACCUUUAACUUUGAGUCCUUUGCAAGUUUUGUGUGAAAACAUCCCACAUGCACCUUCACUGCCCCCUUCCAGAAUUAUUAGGGAAAGUAAGAGGAUUCCUCAGGAGCUUCGCUUGGAAGAGCACUUGAAUAAAGAUGCCUUAAGAAGAUAACUAUGGAUAAGUAUAUUAAAGUGCAAAAAAUCGGAGAAGGAUCCUUUGGGAAAGCAAUUCUUGUCAAAGCUAAAGAAAAUAGCCAACAAUAUGUUAUUAAAGAAAUUAACAUCUCUAAGAUGUCAAAUAAGGAGAGAGAAGAAUCAAGGAGAGAAGUUGCUGUGUUGGCCAACAUGAAACAUCCAAAUAUUGUCCUGUAUAGGGAGUCAUUUGAAGAAAAUGGCUGUCUCUACAUAGUGAUGGAUUACUGUGAAGGAGGAGACCUGUUUAAAAAAAUAAAUGCCCAGAAAGGAAUCUUAUUCUCCGAGGAUCAGAUUCUGGAUUGGUUUGUACAGAUCUGCUUAGCACUAAAACAUAUACAUGACAGAAAAAUCUUGCAUCGCGACAUAAAGUCACAGAAUAUCUUUUUAACCAAAGAUGGAACAAUACAGCUGGGAGAUUUUGGAAUUGCCAGAGUUCUGAACAGUACUGUGGAGUUGGCUCGCACGUGCAUAGGAACACCAUACUAUUUAUCACCUGAAAUAUGUCAGAACAGACCUUACAACAAUAAAAGUGAUAUCUGGGCCCUUGGUUGUGUUCUCUAUGAAAUGUGCACGCUCAAACAUGCGUUUGAAGCUGGUAACAUGAAGAACUUGGUACUGAAGAUAAUCUCUGGAUCUUUUCCUCCUGUUUCUAUGCAUUAUUCAUAUGACCUACGUAAUCUACUGUCACAGUUAUUUAAAAGGAAUCCUAAGGAUAGACCAUCAGUAAACUCCAUAUUGGAGAAAAACUUCAUAGCCAAACGGGUUGAAAAAUUUCUCACGCCACAGCUUAUUGCAGAAGAAUUCAAUCACAAAAUCUUCCAGAAGUUUGGACCACAUGCUGCACCAGCUAAAAGACCAGCUCAAGGACAAAUCCUGGCUUCAGUUGCACCAGCUCAGAAAAUCACCAAACCCGCUGCAAAAUAUGGAGUGCCUUUAGCGAUGAAGAAGUCUUCUGAUGCACCCAAAAAGCUUCAUGAGAAAAAGAUGAUGACUAAAUUUAGACAGGAACCUUCAAAAAAGAAAAGGUUAGAAUUGCCUGAAAAAGAAAAACGCCAGAGAGAUCAGAUCAGUUUACUGAAGGCAGAGGAAAUAAGAAGAUUGGAGAAAGAAAGGAUGGAACGAAUAAACAGAGCCAGGGAACAAGGAUGGAGGAAUGUGCUUGGUUCAGGUGGAAGUGGUGAUGUUAAGGCACCAUAUUAUGGCGGUGGAGGUGGUCUUGGUCCUUUUCCAGUGUCUUCCAGAGGACAAUAUGAGCAUUAUCAUGCUAUUUUUGACCAGAUGCAAAAGGAGAACUUUAGAGUAGCUGAAGAGAGGGAAUCCAGAUGGAGGGCAGAAGUACAAGGCCGAGAAGUUGUUGAGAGAGGAAUUCCACCUGGAAUACGUCCAGGAGUUCCUAAGGGGCCUGCAGGUCAUCACCAUUUACCUGAUGCUGAUGCAAUUAGGAAAAAAAUGAAAAGAUCGAAGGAGGUGUCUAAACAAGCCAAUGCAAACAGGCAAAAAGGGUGGUUACCUGCAGAAAGAGCAAGGCAAGUUGAAGAAUUCUGGCAACGAAAGAGGGAAGCCAUGCAAAACAAAGCUCGAGCCGAAGGACACAUGGGUACACUGCAAAACGUGGCAGAUAUCUAUGGAGGCAGGCCCAUUUCUGCAAGAGGAAGGAAAUCCAGAAACAAGGAAGAAGAGGAAUAUUUGGCAAGAUUAAGACAGAUCCGGCUACAAAACUUCAAUGAACGUCAACAGAUUAAAGCAAAACUUCGUGGAGAGAAGAAUGAAGCUGGCAGUUCUGAUGGACAAGAAUCAAGCGAGGAAGCAGAACUGAAACGCAAAAAGAUAGAAGCACAGAAGGCCCAAGCAAAUGCUCGAGCUGCAGUUCUAAAAGAACAGUUAGAGCAAAAAAGAAAGGAAGCUUACGAAAGAGAGAAAAGAGCUUGGGAAGAACAUCUGAUAGCAAAAGGAGUAAAGAGUCCUAACGUGCCUUUUCAUGUGGGAGCUACAGGACACAGUCCUGUGCAUGGAAUACAAGAGCCUGGAGCAUCUCUUCCUAAGCAACAGCUUCCAAUUAAGCCCAGUACACCAGUCAUUUCCAUGACUUCUGCUUUGAAGGAAGUGGGUGUGGAUGAAAAUGUAACUACUAUCCAGGAAGCUGAAGAGGAAACAAAAAAGCAAGAUCUUGCAGUGCAAAAUAAACGGCAAAUACUGAAAAGAUUGAAUCAAAAUCUUAAAGCUCAAGAAGAUGACAAAGGAAGAAAAGAAAAUAAAAAUUUCUCUGAGUCAGAUGGGUCUGAAGAUGGUAAGGAACAGCAAGAAGAUGCCCAUCCACUUGUAGGAGAUCGCAAAAAAUGGGAAUCGAAGGCAUCUGAAUUGGUAGUUCCUCUAGCACAGUUAUCGUUGGAAGACUCACUCUCUGGAACAGACCGGCAAACUAUGGGGGAAGUAAUUAAGCUAGAUUUUGGUGAACCCCACAGGAAAGUCUGGGGCAAAAGCCCUACUGAUUCAGUCCUGAAAAUUCUAGGAGAAGCAGAGUUGCAGCUGCAAACUGAAUUACUGGAAGAACUAGAUAUAACAAAUGAUACUGCAGAAGUUGUUGAAGGAGAUCAUCACUCCUUAAUCGUAAAACAGGAUGAGGAAGAGAAAGCUUUUCCUACUGUUGGAGCUCAGUCUUCAGUGCCAGUUGGUAUCUCACAGAACGAAGUGACUAUACCAGAAGAAUCUCAAAGAGCUGGAGCUACCCAGGUGCAGAGCAAACCUAUUAUGCUGGAUGAGCCUGAUGAUCUGGAAGCAGAGAUGUUGGAAGAAACAGAAGAAAAUAAAAAGCAACAGAGCAAGGAAUUUCCCAUUACUGUUAAUGAAGUGUGGGUAAAAGAAAAAGAGGAUAAGGCACAACAUGACAGAAGAAAUGAGGCAGCUUCUGAGAAAGUAGCGCUUGACAAGAUGCAACCACAAAAAGAAGCUCCAGAAGAAACUUGUUCCAGUGACUCACUGCAGCCUGAACCAUUAUUCCAGAGGGUAAUGCAGUCCCCAGCUGUACCAACAGCCUCACCGGUUCUGUCAGCUCAGUCUUCACAGGAAGAGCCUUUUGUGCCUUGUUCACAUUCCGUAUCACCAGCAAAAAAUAAAGGCAAAAGUUCAUUGUUGAUUGGACUUUCUACAGGGCUGUUUGAUGCAAACAACCCAAAGAUGUUGAGAACGUGUUCGCUUCCGGAUCUUUACAAACUGUACAGAACGUUAGUUGAUGUUCCCAGUGUAGCAGAUGUACAGCAUCAGCAUAAUCUCGAAAUAGAUGAUAUGGAAGAUGAACAAGCCAAAGAAGGACCCUCUGAUUCUGAGGAUAACAUGUCUGGGGAGGCAGAUACAGAUCUGCAGGAACUCCGGGCCUCAAUGGAGCAAUUACUUAGGGAGCAGCCUAGUGAGGAAUUAAGUGAAGAGGAAGAGUCCACUUUAAAGGCCAGUGUCAUCCAAUGCAUAACAAAUGGUACAGAGCUGGAUGAAGGAGAUGAAAAUAACCCCAGCAGCGAAAGUGCACUUAAUGAAGAAUGGCAGUCAGAUAAUAGUGAUGGAGAAAUUGCCAGUGAAUGUGAAGAAUGUGAUAGCGUAUUCAGCCAUUUGGAAGAGCUGAGAUAUAACCUGGAGCAGGAAAUAGGCUUUGAGAAAUUCAUUGAAGUUUAUGAUAAAAUAAAGGCUAUACAUGAAGAUGAAGAUGAAAAUAUUGAUACGUGUUCAACCAUAGUUCAGACUAUUUUGGGAAAUGAACACAAGCACCUGUAUGCCAAAAUACUUCACCUAGUCAUGGCAGAUGGAGCCUACCAGGAAGAUAAUGAUGAAUAAACCCGACUCAGGAAUUCCCUUAGUGCUGUCUUACAUAUCAGUGUUUUGAAGUCUGCACAGCAGAAUAACAAAUCAUAGCAGAAAAUGUAACAUGGGGCAGGAGAAAGAAGAACUGAAAAAAGAACGGUGGCUGUAUGAAACAGAGGAAAAACAUGCCUUUUAAACUGAGAUAUUUAUACACUUCUCUUGUGUGUACUUGCAUAUGUGUUCAUUGCUCAAAAUUUAAAAACUAUACACUAUAAUCUCACAAAUUCAAAAAGAAAUAAGGAGAUGAAAAAAUGUAGAUGUUCUGAUAGAAAACUGAGACUUAGAAUGUAAACCAGAGCUUUUGCCAUAUCAACAGUUGGCUGGUAGGGUUAAGCAAUUGGAAGGAUUACUGGGUUCUGGAAGUACCAGGUCUGUUAACUUCUAUAGUUAAAGUAGCCCUUCUUUACACGUGCGUAAAAAAAUCUCGUUUUUAUUGACCCUUGUGGUUGUAUUUUAGUAACAUCUUAAUCUACUGGUCCAAUUUGAGUACUUUGCUUUUAUCUUAAUAAAAUGUAUUUUGAAGGCAUCUGUCACUUUUUAACCAGUGUCAUCUGAAACAUCUUAAUGGUGUUUCUAAAUCAAGGCAGACUGGUAUUUCAGUCACUGAAGUGCUUGGAUUUUUUUAUUUUUUUGAGAUUGUAAAAUUAAUUUGGAGCUGGAAGACUUUUCUGGUAUUUUUCUUCUUUCUCAAAACCCCAAGUAUUUAGUUCUUUAAGUUUUGCAAUCAGGUCAAUGAUAACAUAGCACAGUGUUGAAAGGGGUGGUUUUUCUCCUGUUUGUUUUUAAAUUCUUACUGUUACUCUCAUGGCCCCCUCAGCCAGGGGUGGUAGUAUGAAAUAUCACAGGCACAAAUGCUAUGUAAUACUUGUCAUCUUUUGGCUCACGUUUCAUAGCUUGAUGUCUACCACCCCUGAAAUUAAGAAAAUGAAAAUAAAAAUUCUGACCCACAUUUCCUUGUUUCUCCUGUCAACGCAGUACUAUACAGGGCCAACACUAGGUGUGUUGUUAUUUUCAAAUUAUCUGUGGAAAAGCUUGAUUGGCUUAUCCAUAAACCAAGUCGCCUGUUACAAAUCAGAUGAACUGUCAAACUUCCAACUGCCCUAUUGAAGAAAAAAAUUCUAUUUUUUUCAGCUGCUGUAAAAUACACCAGUCACAAUCUAAAACUGUCAACUUUUCCACAAAGAGCAAUCAAGUAUAUACAUUAUUUAGAACUGUUAAAAUAUGUACAUGUUUUUUGUAUAAUUGUUUUAUGGUGUUAUGAUUAUUAAAGUUUUGCCCAC